CAGGUUUCUCUCUGGUUACAGGAAAAACGGCGGCGUGACCUCUCUCAGGUUUCUCUCUGAUAAUAACACGUGCAGACAUGGGUUUCCAGAAUAUUUGGUACUCGCAUCCACGAAAAUACGGUCAAGGAUCAAGAUCCUGCCGUGCCUGUGCGAAUAGACAUGGGCUUAUUCGCAAAUAUGGCCUGAAUAUCUGCCGGCAGUGCUUCAGGGAAUAUGCCGCUGACAUUGGUUUCAAGAAGCUGGAUUAAAUACAUAGAACAUAAAUAUAACAUAAAUACAACAUAGUUCAAGCAAUUCAACCAAUUACAUCUAUGAUUUCAACAUCAGCAUUAAUAUCUUGAAAUAAUAUCGACAGUUGAACACGAAUAUAAUGGUAUUGUAACGAUAUUAGCAAUGUUUUACCAAUGUUUUUAAAAUAAACACAUUUAUGUUCUUAUAA